CUGUCACUGACAUGCGCGUUAAUAUAAAGACAGGGACUUUACAGAUACAAAAAAGUUUCGCUAUCUUAUCAGAGCUAUAUGGUAUCUGAACAACACUUUGAGAUAUUGUUUUGAGAGUGGAGCUGGUAUCAGGAGAGGUUAUAAUUUGAAUAUGCGGCAAUAUUGAAUUAUUGGAAUAAUUUGUAGAAUAAAUCGUUCUACCCUUGCCUACAUUCUUCUGUGAAAGUAAGAUAGAGAACUACAAUCCUGUCUAUCUAUACUAUAGACGUUUGUAGAGAUACAUGUAGUAUGGACGUAGGUCUAGUACAGUUGGAGUCCAGUCUAUGGGUUGGUAAGAAACGUUACCGGGCAGCCCUUACCGGUUUGCACCUCAACUGGACUGAGCUCGAUAAGAAGAACCGCGAUAAGACCGGUGAGUCCCUUUUAUCCUUUUAUCCCUCACUUUCAUCGUGCAUGGCAUCUGUUGACCCCCUCUCUUUUUAAAUGCAGACAUUUCAUUAUAUACAUUACAUUUAAAUACACUUUUAUGUAGGCUCAUAUAGAAUUUAUAUAGGAUUUUAUCUUAGGUUGCCUAGUAAUAACUGCAUAACAAUCUCAUUCACUCUUAGAAUAAAGUAAAUAAAAGGACGACUUGACUAGCCUCAUAUGGUAAUCAUUCCAUCCCAUCAGCAUUACACAGCAUGCUUCUUGUUGUUUUGAGUAGAGAGAAUGUGUGCUAUGCACCACUAAUAGAAAGUCACCAAACCUGUCUUGGAGACAGCAUGCAAGUGGAGACUAAUGUAAAUAGGCUACAUGCUAGUGGUAAAAUGUGAAGACUUAUUUCAACAAUUAUGAAAUGAAAUUAUAUCCAUUCUGUAAAGUUAGUAGGCUAGUAAGUAGUGUGUGUUUCAGAGAAAUUGCUAUAAACAGACAAAUUAUUAUAGGCACACUGUAUUUCACUCAUGAAGAAUGUUGCUUUUCCUGUAAAGGUGAAUUACAAGUUAUACAGCACUAACACAAAACACUAGAAAACACACACACACACACACACACACACACACACCUAUCUGAUAUGCCCUUUAAUUAAUAGUCACAUGAGCUCAAUAUAGGCAAAAUAUUUACCAGUGUGUGUGUAUGUGUGUGUUUGUGUGUGUAUGUGUGUGUUUGUGUGUGUGUGUGUGUGUCGGUGUCUGUAGCCUCCUUUACACCUUGCGCUAACAUGUGAGUUUGAUGAGCUGAUCAAUAUGACCCAAUCACUAUCUGACCAAGGUUUGUCGCAUCUACAUAUUGUAUUAAAAUGUGUCUCUUAGCCGUCUAUAGUGUCCGCAUUGUGACCAUAUUAGAUGGUCCCUCCCUGUAUGCAAAUUAUUUGACAGAUACUUUCAAAAUCAUGUUUAUUUUUAAGACAAUUACUGAUGCCACAAGUCAAUAGUGCUACCUGUCAAUGAUUUUAGAGGACGGUAUAUUGAUUGAAUGAAUUUAAAUGGUUUAACCAUCCAGAUCUGUUUACACUUGAUUGAUAUUCAGACACAAUGUGUGCCUGAAUACCUCCGGAGGUGGCGAGGAAGAUCUGAUCACAAUCAGAUCACAAUGUGUCUUUUAAUCAUCUACAACUGCCUAAAAAUGUGGGCACUAUCAGAAUGUGGACAAUAUCAGGACAAAGGACGCAUGUUAUCACCAGGUAUAAACAGGGCUUAUGUGAUACAAGUUUCAAUGUCAUACUGUGCCUGUGUGAUCCUAGUUUCAGUACCAGUGUCGGAGGUUGUUGGUGUGGAGGAGGGGCGUGUGGAGGUUCUACCCCAGAGGUCAGUUUCUGAAGACACAGACAGAGACUUCACAGGUGAGUUAUGUUACUGCCCCAAGGUCGGAUACACAGUCUCUGGUAACAGACGCAGCGAGAGAUUUGGUUCUGGGAGCCGAGAUUAGACACAACACAAAAUCAAACAAAAGCGAUUUAUUGGUGUGUGUGUGUGUGUGUGGGGGGGGGGCUUAUAAGGAUUCUUUAUUAAGCCUUGAUGUACUUUGUUUAAAGUGUGAACAGUACGCUUUCUCUCUCCCCCCAAUCCCUCUCCCCCUCCCUCCCUCCCUCCCUCCCUCCCUGUGUACUGUUCUGCAGUGUUCUAUGUGAAGCGCAGCAGCAGUGGUAGUUCCUAUGGGUUGCUAUGGCACCUGGGCAGGACCCAGUUCAGCUGUCCCAGCAGGGACCUCAGAGACCAGUGGAUGACCCUGCUGAGGAUUGCCCUCAAAACACACAGUAAGGAUAACUUCACUUGUCCUGAGAUAAGAUAAAAUAGAUAAAAUAGUGCAAUUCUAAACCCCCCCCCCCCCCCGCCGCUGCCAACUGUUGUUUGUUAUGGAUCCACUCUGUCUCCUCUCUUUUUCUUUGGAUCUGUCUAUCCUCCUCUCCUCUCUCAGGCUCCUCUCGUCCUCACAGGUUGUUGGUGUUCAUCAACCCGUUCGGAGGAAAGAAACAAGGGAGACAGAUCUAUCACUCUCUAGUGGCCCCACUGUUUGAGCUGGCAGGUAUCAGCGCUCAUGUUAUAGGUGAGACCCGUGUGAGACAAUAGUAAUGCAGAAAAUCCUGUGACGUACUGACAAACCGAUAGAACUGGUAGUUAAGUUUGUUUCGUGGAUUUGUCUGUAGCAGGCUAAUUACCAAGUGCAUUGUGUGGUGAUAUUGGCGUGACACAUAAUUAUGCUCAUAAUUACAUGGUCUAUUGCAAUAUAAUAACAUGGUCUGUUGCUAUAUAAUAACAUGGUAUAUUGCUAUAUUAUAACAUGGUCUAUUCUAGUAGUAAAACACAUUUUGCUUUGUUUUUGUCAUUCAGUGACAGAGCGGGCCAACCAGGCGAGAGACCACAUACUAAAGAAAGACCUGACUGGUUUCGAUGGGUACGUCAGACAUUUGAAUGUUGUCAUGUAAACAGCAACACUAUGGCAGCCAAUUAUUAUGCCGUAAUGCUACCCUAUUCACUGCUUUUGAUGAGGGCUCUGGUCAAAAGUAUUAAGGCCCAUAGGACUCUGUUCAAAAGAAGUGCACUUUAUAGGGAAUAUUGAGUAGCGCACUACAUUUCAGGCGUAGCCUGUGAUUGGGUUUCAUCACAUCACUGUUUGUUUAUGUUUGUCCCUACCUCAGUGUGGUAUGUGUGGGCGGGGACGGAAUGUUCAGCGAGCUGCUGCACGGUGUGAUUGGCCGAACACAGCAGGAGGCAGGGCUAUCGGAGCAUGACCCCUCCCUACAGUCCUGUGACCUUCACAUUGGCAUCAUUCCUGCAGGUGAGAGAGACAUCAUUGAUCAAUAAUUAAAUAAGUUGAUCUCAGAAGACCUUCCUCAAAGAAAGUGGAUGUUCUCUGAUGUUCUCUUCGCGCCCUACUGAAAUUUGAGAAGGAGGCGAGAAGGGAGGACACAAGGAAUCAAGAAAAGACUUAAGAUUAACCCUAACUAUAAAGAUGCGUCUGAUAUGAGUCUGUGUGUUCUCUCCUCAGGCUCCACAGACUGUGUGUGUUUCGCCACUGUGGGAGUCAAUGACCCAGUGACCUCUGCUCUGCAUAUUAUCAUUGGUGAGAUAUGAUCUUAAAUUAAAAACACAUUUAAUAAGACAUAAUACAUUUGAGAUUACAUUGUACUUGACUUUGUUAUCUGGUGUAUCUUAAAAUCAUCUUUAGCCACUGGGGCGGUAGGUAGCCUAGCGGUUAAGAGCGUUGAGCCAGUAACCGAAAGGUUGCUGGUUCGAAUUCCUGAGCCGACUAGUUGAAAAAUCUAUCGAUAUGUCCUUGAGCAAGGCACUUAACCAUUGCUCCUGUUAGUCACUCUGCAUAAGAGCGUCGACUAAAAUGUAAAAAGCAUCACUUUACUGGAGCCAUAAGCAGCAACUUUAGCCAUAAGCAGUCAUAAGCAGCAUCAUCAUUUCACAAGGGCAGAGUUGUGAAGUUAAUGUCAAUAUUCAAAAUCAUGAUCUAAAACCCUCCUUGUCCUCCACAUUCCCACAACCCAUUGCAGGAGACUCUCAGCCUCUGGACGUGUGUUCUGUCCACCACCGCUCGUCUCUGGUGCGUUACUCUGUGUCUCUGGUAGGAUACGGGUUCUAUGGAGACGUGCUGGCUGAAAGUGAGAGACACCGCUGGAUGGGGCCUCUCAGAUAUGACUAUUCAGGUAUGGAACGGAAAAUUCAAGCAGCAAUAGACGAGAAGGUGUGCUUUAUUGUGAUUAUUGGCACAAUGUGAUGCAGUCACUAUGUAUGAGGCGAUGCUGAGUACCAUCAGCUUCACAUGGUCUAAUAUUGCAGACAUAUGUCAUAGACAGGGCCUCUCAGAUAUGACUACUCAGGUAUACUGUAUAUGGAAUGGCCUAAAACAGAGGCUAUUACAUUUAGUUAUUAUAUAAUAUUUCUUAAACACCGUCUGCUAGACCAAGGUGAAGGUCUGAGGAUAACGAUAAAAUUAGGAAUUAGAAUACUACUAAUUUAAUAGGAUCUCUAUGAUAUCUAUAUCUAUAUCUAUAGAUAGAUCUAUCUACGCUACCGUUCAAAAGUUUGGGGUCACUUAGAAAUGUCCUUGUUUUUUUAGAAAAUCAUUUUUUUUGUCCAUUAAAAUAACAUCAAAUUGAUCAGAAAUACAGUGUUGAUAUUGUUAAUGUUGUAAAUGGCUAUUGUAGCUGGAAACUGCAGAUUUUUAAUGGAAUAUCUACAUAGGCGUACAGAGGCCCAUUAUCAGCAACCAUCAGUCCUGUGUUCCAAUGGCACGUUGUUUACUAAUCCAAGUUUAUCAUUUUAAAAGGCUAAUUGAUCAUUAGAAAACCCUAUUGCAAUUAUGUUAGCACAGCUGAAAACUGUUGUGCUGAUUAAAGAAGCAAUAAAACUGGCCUUCUUGAGACUAGUUGAGUAUCUGGAGCAUCAGCAAUUGUGGGUUUGAUUACAGGCUCAAAAUGGCCAGAAACAAAUAACUUUCUUCUGAAACUCGUCAGUCUAUUCUUGUUCUGAGAAAUGAAGGCUAUUCCAUGCGAGAAAUUGCCAAGAAACUGAAGAUCUCGUACAGCGCUGUGUAAUACUCCCUUCACAGAACAGCGCAAACUGGCUCUAACCAGAAUAGAAAGAGGAGUGGGAGGCCCCGGUGCACAACUGAGCAAGAGGACAAAUACAUUAGAGUGUCUAGUUUGAGAAACAGACGCCUCACAGGUCCUCAACUGGCAGCUUCAUUAAAUAGUACCCGCAAAACACCAGUCUCAACGUCAACAGUGAAGAGGUGACUCCGGGAUGCUGACCUUCUAGGCAGAGUUGCAAAGAAAAAGCCAUAUCUAGAGGGAAAGAUGAACGGCACAAAAUACAGAGAGAUCCUUGAUGAAAACCUGCACCAGAGCGCUCAGGACCUCAGACUGGGGCGAAGGUUCACCUUCCAACAGGAUAACGACCCUAAGCACACAGCCAAGACAAUGCAGGAGUGGCUUCGGGACAAGUCUCUGAAUGUCCUUGCGUGGCCCAGCCAGAGCCCGGACUUGAACCCCAUCGGACAUCUCUGGAGAGACCUGAAAAUAACUGUGCAGCGACGCUCCCCAUCCAACCUGGCAGAGCUUGAGAGGAUCUGCAGAGAAGAAUGGGAGAAACUCCCCAAAUACAGGUGUGCCAAGCUUGCAGUGUCAUACCCAAGAAUACUUGAGGCUGUAGUCAUUGCCAAAGGUGCUUCAACAAAGUACUGAGUAAAUGAUCUGAAUACUUAUGUAAAUAUGAUAUUUAAUUUAUUUUAUUUUUAUACAUUAGCAACAUUUCUAAACCUGUUUUUGCUUUGUCAUUAUUUUACAUUUUUUACAUUUUAGUAAUUUAGCAGACGCUCUUAUCCAGAGCGACUUACAGUUAGUGAGUGCAUACAUUUUUCAUACUGGCCCCCCGUGGGAAUCGAACCUACAACCCUGGCGUUGCAAGCGCCAUGCUCUACCAACUGAGCUACAGGAGGACCAGUAUGAAAUUAUGGGGUAUUGUGUAUAGAUUGAUGAGGGGAAAAAACGAUUUAAUCCAUUUUAGAAUAAGGCUGUAACGUAACAAAAUGUGGAAAAUGUCAAGGGGUCUGAAUACUUUCUGAAUCCACUGUAUAUAUACAUAUAUAUCUACAGUGCUGUGAAAAAGUAUUUUACCCCUCUCAAUUUUUCUCUUCUUUUGCAUAUUUUUGGUACUGAAUGUUAUCAGAUCUUCAACCAAAACCUAAUAUUAGAUAAAAGGAACCUGAGUGAACAGUGAACAAAUAACAUAACAAUUACAUACUUAUUUAAUUUAUUUCAUAAAUUAAAUUAUACAACACCAAAUGCCCCUGUGUGAAAAAGUCAUUGCCCCCUUACACUCAAUAACUGGUUGUGCCACCUUUAGCUGCAAUGACUCCAACCAAACGCUUCCUGUAGUUGUUGAUCAGUCUCUUUCGUCGCUGUGGAGGAAUUUUGGCCCACUCUUCCAUUCAGAACUGCUUUAACUCAGCGACAUUUGUGGGUUUUCAAGCAUGAACUGCUCGUUUCAAGUCCUGCCACAACAUCUCAAUUGGGAUUAGGUCUGGACUUUGACUAGGCCAUUCCAAAACUUCAAAUUUGUUGCUUUUUAGACAUUUUCAUGUAGACUUGAUUGUGUGUUUUGGAUCAUUGUCUUGCUGCAAGACCCAGCUGCGCUUCAGAUUCAGCUCACAGAUGGAUGGCCUGACAUUCUCCUGUAGAAUUCUCUGAUACAGAGCAAAAUUCAUGGUUCCUUCUAUUAAGGCAAGUCGUCCAGGUCAUGAGGCAGAAAAGCAUCCCCAUCACACUACCACCACCAUGCUUGACCGUUGGUAAAAGGUUCUUACUGUGGAAUGCAGUGUUUGGUUUUCGCCAGGAAUAAUGGGACCCAUGUUGUCCAAAAAGUUAUACUUUUGACUCAUCUGUCCAUAGAAUAUUCUUCCAAGAGUCUUGGUGAUCAUCCAGGCAAACUUUAGUCAACUUUAUGUCUGGCGAAAACCAAGCACUGCAUUCCACAGUAAGAACCUCAUACCAAUGGUCAAGCAUGGGGGUGGUAGUGUGAUGGUGUGGGGAUGCUUUGCUGCCUCAGGACCUGGACGACUCGCUCACUACAUAUCAAGCUCUAAGGAGUAAGUCAUGUCUAUAAUGACAAUCUGCAUCAUGACAGAACAUUCAAAUAUAGUGUUACAUACCAAUUAGAGAAACUCUAUCCUCACUACCUCUCUUUCUCUGUGUUUUUGUCUCUGUGUUACCUUCCAGAAAAUGUAUCAACCCCUACAAAAAUGUCCAUUAAUUAUAAUCCACAUAAUAAUUCACAUUUCCUGUUGCUGCAGGAUUAUUUUCCUGGUGAAGCAAACUGUCUCAAAGUAAAAUCAUACAUCUGUAGGAUGGUUGCUAACCCCCCUCUCUCCCUCUCUUCCCCCAGGUGCUUUGGUGUACCUGAGUAACAGGAGCUAUGCAGGCCUAGUUCAGUACCUACCAGCAGACCACCAGCUCUCCAGCCCCAGGGACAACACACGCUGCCUCUCUGGGUAGCAACUAACAAUAUUUCUCAGAAAAUAAAAACACUCACUCACUGCCUGGUACACAGAUCCAAAACAAGGCUUACCCAGGGAAGAAAAGAAGGAUGGUCCUCAUCUUUACUUGUUACAGAGAGGAACUAAUACAUACGUACUAGCACAUGCUCCUCUAAACGUUGUGAUUGACAGUGUGUUUUUAACUACAUAAUGAUAAGCUUAGCAUGAACAACUCACUGAAGCUAACAGAGGGACUUCUGAUACCACUACCAGUCUCAAAUGUAAGGUCCUGAUAGAAACAGUUGCCCUAGAUUUCAUCACCUCAACUGUUCCGUGGUGAGAAAGUGUUCUGGCUACUUGACAUCAUCAGAAGGCUAUAGUGACAUGACCUCAAUUCCCCCCCGGGGAAGAGCCUCAGCCUCAGCCUCAGCCUCAGUCACUUCCACCUGCAACAGAGACCCAGGUGUCGGGUGUACUCCUGUACCUUAAGGAGGGCGAUUUCCAUGGCAACCUGAUCUGGACGAAAGGAGAGAAGAAAGGAGAGACAGCACCUCCUGGUCUGUGUAAGAAGAGUGGAGCCUACCUCGGUGAAAGACUGUACCCAAUCUAUCUCAUCUGAAAUUACUGGAAGAACUGCCCCAUUGUCUGUGAGGGAGGGGAAGGAACUGGGAGGUGUUACAUACAAAAGGAUGCCGGUAUCUUUAGUCUGUGAUCGAUAGCUACCGCCAAGGGUCUUGUGAGGGACUGGAAGAUGAUGAUACACAUAUGAAUGGAAUGCAUGGCUAUAAAGGAACAUGUGCUGUUGUUACGUCACUGAAAUGUAUCAGUAUGUUAUACCUAUGUCGCGUGUAAAAAGGCCAAUGGUUGGUAACGUGUGCACGUGGGUUCCAGGUGCAGAGUGUGUUUUAAGAGCACAGGGAGGCUGUUCCCCCACUCUCCAGAUGCUAGUUCCAACGACAGCUCCCACUUCAGUCAGUUCAGCAGCGACUCAGAGGGUAAGUCUAUACUAACGUGCAGCCUAUACAAAAAUCUACACAGACUCUAAAGUCUACACACUGUGUACCUACAGUCUACACACAUCCUAUGUAAUGCAAUGGAGGUGGUUCGAUGAACCACGCUUGGGUGAUGAGUAACUUUGCCUGAGACUGGAAUACUUAUGUUAGCUCCUCAAGUUAAUGCCUGGGCUUUAGCUCAGUGGGCUAACAGUAUUGUGGCAUGCAGGAGACCAGGGCUCAAACCCUGGUCGGUCACAUAACUCCCUCUGCUCUCUCUGCCCCAUGCUGCAGGUGAUUGGGUGAGUGUGGAGGGCCGGUUCAAGGCUGUGUCUCUCACCUGUAUGUCUAGCUCCUGUCCUCGCAGUCCCCUGGGGCUGUCCCCCUCAGCACACCUGGCCGAUGGGACAGGUGACCUCAUCAUUGUACGGGACACACACCCCCUAGGGUUCCUCACCUUCCUACACAGACACACCAGCUCACAGGACCAGGUAAAUCUAACCCUAACCCAGUGCCAGGUCAGGACCAGGUAACCCUAACCCAGUGCCAGGUCAGGACCAGGUAACCCUAACCCAGUGCCAGGUCAGGACCAGGUAACUCUAACCCAGUGCCAGGUCAGGACCAGGUAACUCUAACCCAGUGCCAGGUCAGGACCAGGUAACCCUAACUCAGUGCCAGGUCAGGUAACUCUAACCCAGUGCCAGGUCAGGACCAGGUAACUCAGUGCCAGGUCAGGACCAAGUAACCCUAACCCAGUGCCAGGUCAGGACCAGGUAACUCUAACUCAGUGCCAGGUCAGGACCAGGUAACUCUAACCCAGUGCCAGGUCAGGACCAGGUAACUCAGUGCCAGGUCAGGACCAGGUAACCCAAACCCAGUGCCAGGUCAGGACCAGGUAACCCUAACCCAGUACCAGGUCAGGACCAGGUAACUCUAACCCUAACUCAGUGCCAGGUCAGGACCAGGUAACUCUAACCCAGUGCCAGGUCAGGACCAGGUAACCCUAACCCAGUGCCAGGUCAGGACCAGGUAACUCUAACUCAGUGCCAGGUCAGGACCAGGUAACUCUAACCCAGUGCCAGGUCAGGACCAGGUAACUCAGUGCUAGGUCAGGACCAGGUAACCCUAACCCAGUGCCAGGUCAGGACCAGGUAACCCUAACCCAGUGCCAGGUCAGGACCAGGUAACUCUAACCCAGUGCCAGGUCAGGACCAGGUAACUGUAACCCAGUGCCAAGUCAGGACCAGGUAACUCUAACCCUAACUCAGUGCCAGAUCAGGACCAGGUAACUCUAACCCAGUGCCAGGUCAGGACCAGGUAACUCAGUGCCAGGUCAGGACCAGGUAACCCUAACCCAGUACCAGGUCAGGACCAGGUAACCCUAACCCAGUGCCAGGUCAGGACCAGGUAACUCUAACCCAGUGCCAGGUCAGGACCAGUUAACUCUAACCCAGUGCCAGGUCAGGACCAGGUAACCCUAACCCAGUGCCAGGUCAGGACCAGGUAACCCUAACCCAGUGCCAGGUCAGGACCAGGUAACUCUAACCCAGUGCCAGGUCAGGACUAGGUAACUCUAACCCAGUGCCAGGUCAGGACCAGGUAACCCUAACCCAGUGCCAGGUCAGGACCAGGUAACUCUAACCCAGUGCCAGGUCAGGACCAGGUAACUCUAACCCAGUGCCAGGUCAGGACCAGGUAACUCUAACUCAGUGCCAGGUCAGGACCAGGUAACUCAGUGCCAGGUCAGGACCAGGUAACUCAGUGCCAGGUCAGGACCAGGUAACUCUAACCCAGUGCCAGGUCAGGACCAGGUAACUCAGUGCCAGGUCAGGACCAGGUAACUCUAACCCAGUGCCAGGUCAGGACCAGGUAACUCUAACCCAGUGCCAGGUCAGGACCAGGUAACUCAGUGCCAGGUCAGGACCAGGUAACUCAGUGCCAGGUCAGGACCAGGUAACUCUAACCCAGUGCCAGGUCAGGACCAGGUAACUCAGUGCCAGGUCAGGACCAGGUAACCCUAACCCAGUGCCAGGUCAGGACCAGGUAACUCUAACCCUAACCCAGUGCCAGGUCAUUUUAAUCCUAAUCCUAACUCAAACCAACUUGAACCUAGGACUAUGUAGGUACAACCUCCACAAGUACCUGGAUAAUAGGCCAAAUUCUGAAGCCAUAUUGCUUGUUAGAUUGCUAUCGUAUCAUGUGGACUGGCGUGCCAGUUUCCAAGUAUAACAGUAUGGAAAUAUCUGUGGUCCGAGGAAGAAAUACAGUACCAGUUAAAAGUUUGGACACACCUACUCAUUCAAGAGUUUUUCUUUAUUUUUACUAUUUUCUACAUUGUAGAAUAAUAGUGAAGACAUCAAAACUAUGAAAAAACACUAAUGGAAUCAUGUAGUAACCAAAAAAGUGUUAAACAAAUAAAAAAGUAUGUUAUAUUUGAGAUCCUCCAAAGUAGCCACCCUUUGCCUUGAUGAUAGCUUUGCACACUCUUGGCAUUCUCUCAACCAGCUUCAUGAGGAAUGCUUUUCAAACAGUCUUGAAGGAGUUCCCACAUAUGCUGAGCACUUGUUGGCUUCACUCUGCGGUCCAACUCAUCCCAAACCAUCUCAAUUGGGUUGAGGUCGGGUGAUUGUGGAGGCGAUCAUCUGUUCACCUACUCUGCGUCUCACAAAGACACGGCGGUUGGAACCAAAAAUCUCAAAUUUGGACUCAUCAGACCAAAGGACAGAUUUCCACCGGUCUAAUGCCCAUUUCUUGUGUUUCUUGGCCCAAGCAAGUCUCUUCUUCUCAUUGGUGUCCUUUAGUAGUGGUUUCUUUGCAGCAAUUCAACCAUGAAGGCCUGAUUCACACAGUCUUCUCUGAACAGUUGAUGUUGAGAUGUGUCUGUUACUUGAACUCUAUGAAGCAUUUAUUUGGGCUGCAAAUGAACGUAUCCUCUGCAGCAGAGGUAACUCUGGGUCUUCCUUUCCUGUGGCAGUCCUCAUGAGAGCCAGUUUCAUCGUAGCGCUUGAUGGUUUUUGCGACUGCCCUUGAAGAAACCUUCAAAGUGCUUGACAUUUUUCGGAUUGACUGACCUUCACGUCUUAAAGUAAUGAUGGACUGUCGUUUCUCUUUGCUUAUUUGAGCUGUUCUUGCCAUAAUAUGGACUUGGUAUUUUACCAAAUAGGGCUAUCUUCUACUUUGUCACAACACAACUGAUUGGCUCAAACACAUUAAGAAGGAAAGAAAUUCCACAAAUUAACUUCUAACAAGGCACACCUGUUAAUUGAAAUGCAUUCCUGGUGACUACCUCAUGAAGCUGAUUGAGAGAAUGCCAAGAGUGUGCAAAGCUGUCAUCAAGGCAAAGGGUGGCUACUUUGAAGAAUCUCAAAUAUAACAUAUAUUUUGAUUUGUUUAACACUUAUUUGGUUACUACAUGAUUCCAUAUGUGCUAUUUCAUAGUUUUGAUGUCUUCACUAUUAUUCUACAAUGUAGAAAAUAGUAAAAAUAAAGAAAAACCCUGGAAUGAGUAGGUGUGUCCAAACUUUUGACUGGUACUGUAUGUGAACAAUUGCUGAUGGAGUAACAUCUAGCUGCAGUACUAAAAGGCCUAAAAUAAACAUAUUGUGAUGGAAGGAAGAAGUUGCUACUGGAUUUGAUUGACAGUUUUUCGAUAGUCGCUUUAUGCAUCUUCCCUUCUAUCUUAGUUUGACCUGCCCUUCGUGGAUGUCCACCGCGUGAAGGCAGUGCGUUUCUCUCUCCCGCCCGGAGAAAAGGAGGAAGAGAGGGGUGAAGAGAGGGAGACGGUAAAUGAUGGCGGGAUGGUGGAAGAGGGAGAGACACCAAGCCAGAGCGGAUCCCAACAUCACCUGGUAGAAAGAGGAGAGGAGCGAGGGAUGGCGAACGACAGGAGGAAGAAGAAAGACUUCUUGUGUGGCCUGUGCUGCAGUAAACCUUCAGUGUCCGUGUGGAACUGCGACGGAGAAAUACUUCCUCACACUGAGAUCCUCUGCAGGUAAGAGACAUCUUAUCACAUUAUGGAAAUCAAUGCUUACCUGACAGAGUUUCAGUGUACAUUUAGUACUCUGCUUCAGACCCAACCUGAAGCCUCUAGUAACCUUUUCACACUACUGAGCUGAGCCAAGCUGUUCUGCUCUAGCCUGGUUACGCAUUCACCAUAAUUGCUGAAAUCGUGCUGGAAAGGAGAAAUAAAAUAUUUGAGCCAGCACAGUAGUUAGACUUAGCAUGAUUGUGUGACAUGUCAAUGCUGCGUCUUCCUACUCUGUCCUCAUCUGCCUUGUUGUCCCUCCCUCCUUUCUUCCUUCCCCUCCAGGGUUCAUGGUCAGCUGGUACGUCUGUAUGCCCGGGGCAUGGAGGACGGAUCAGCCACGCCCACCAGGAAGUGAACUGUGUUAGGGUCCAUUCACUCUACUGACUGAGGAAGGCUGUGUUAGGGUCCGUUCACACUACUUGCAGAGAAAAACAAUGCCAGG